UUAAGAUCGUUGAAUUAAGUUUUUGUGCCCUAGCCAUUUGGAAACUCGUUUUCAAAUUGCCUAGUGCCGUUGCUGAAAUCGAGUCAGUUAGCUCCAGUUGUAAGGGAAAAUUUGGUGGCCAAGUGAGGAGGCUUCGAAGCUCAAGAAGCAUUUCUUCAGAAAAUGCGACACCUGCCUUUCAUUAGCCUAUUCAUGGCUCGAUUCUCUGCAUGUCUGGAUGUCCUCGAACAAGAUUUGGUUUUCCCUCACAUCAACGCUUCGAGCUGGAUAUUCGACCACGAAUUGUUUAAGGGACAAAUGGUUGAUGGGAAGCCUGAAGGUCAAGGAAAUGUGACGUUGAAAAAUGGUCUCUCUUUUAACGGCCAAUGGAGAGCCGGGUUACCUCACGGAAAAGGGGAGCUUCAUUUACCUCCGAGAGAUGUUUAUAAAGGAUAUUUUGCCAAUGGAACCAUGUCCGGAAAUGGCACGUUUCUUUGGACUGAUGGUAAAACGUUCAAAGGAGAGUGGAUAAACGGGCUACCCCACGGAAAAGGAUCCCAGACGUGGUUGGAUGGGGAUAGUUACGUUGGAAACUGGAUCAAUGGUCACCAAACAGGAUGGGGAGCGAGCUUUUGGAACAAUGACAACCUGCAUCAGGGUGUUCUGAUAAAGGGAAGGAUGCACGGGCAGGGUUUGAACUUUCGUUGGGGGGACGGGGUCAUUUUCAGAUGUCUGCCCAAAACGAUAUGCUUCAAGAACAACCUCAUGGUUCCUCGAAAUGGUACAUUUAUGCUCUCUUUGGGGAGAAAGGUCCAUAAAAGAGACAGAGACGAGCAUUUGACGAAACAUGGUUGGUUUGUUGGGGAUCUGGAUACAUCUGGUCAACCACAAGAAGUUGGUCAAAUGUAUUACCUCAACGGAGAUCGGUACGUGGGUCAAUGGCAACAAGGAAAGCGUCACGGAAAAGGCACUCUGCUGUACAAAAACGGUGAUAAAUACUCGGGGCAAUUUCAAAACGAUCUAAGGCAUGGCAAAGGAGAGCUCCGAUUGGGUAAUCUAAACUUGUAUCAAGGCGAGUUUGUCCGCGGAAAGUUGAGCGGCUUUGGCGUCAUGACUUACAAAGCCGGACAUGUUUACCGUGGAGAGUGGCUCGAAGACUCGCCGCAUGGACCCGGAACUAUGACGUAUAGAAACGGAGAUCUCUUUGAGGGCACAUGGCAUGGCCUCUUGGGAAAUGGCACCAUUCAAUAUGCAGAUGGUUCCACAUACCAAGGGGAGUGGCUAGACGAUAAACGACACGGCAAGGGAAAUCUGACCUACAACAGUGGUUCAUCGUAUUCUGGUCAGUAUAAAAACGGUCUCAAACAUGGACAUGGUGUUUUUUGUUGGCCAGAUGGGGCCACUUUUGUCGGUUCUUAUGAGGACAAUGCCAUCAAUGGGACAGGCACUUACUCAUUUGCCAAUGGAGAAAUCUACCAAGGGCCUUUCCGGAAUGGUCGUUUCCAUGGAAAUGGCACUUACUCUUGGCCCAAUGGAGCUAAAUACAUUGGCGAGCAUCAGGUGGAUAAAAGAACGGGAGUGGGAUUGAUGGUGUAUCCCGACGGAUCUGAAUUUCUAGGUUUAUGGGAAAAUGGUCAGCUCGUGGAAUACUUGGGCAUUGAAAAUCAGUCUAUGGAAGCAACUACCAUUGGCGAAUCACAAACUGACAUGGCAACGACGGAAGUAAUCACCAAAGUGCUUGCAUCAAAUCGAUCAAAUCCAACAACGUUGUCCAAUCAGGAUGAUAAUGAAUCUGAAUCGAAGGUUGCAAAGGCUGCCACCGCUGCCAGAAAACGACGACGGCGAAGGAAAAACCAACGACGACGGCGGAGAAACAGAAUGAAAAACAGGGGCAACUUGAGGAAACGCAGGAAUCGUCGAAGAAGAAAGAAUCCCGAUGAUCCCGAAUAACAUUUAAAAUGCAUCCAAGCAAAACGCCCAAUCUCUAAGUAGUAUGCAAUUGUGGAGCCAUGCCACUGCUAAGUAGUGAUAUUUCCACGCCAUUACCUAAACUACGCGUGCAGUUGCAGAGUUUGUGACCUAUAUGUCUAGAUAGUUCUUGAUCAUCAGAGCCGUGUAAAAAACAGAUAACAAGGCACUUUGCUUAAAAGGAGCGGAGCAAGCAAACUAUGCAUAUAAGUCAGAUAUGAUUCAGCUCACACAAAGUACAUGAUGCUUGAAACGAUGUAGCAAGGAUCAAUAAAUACAAAGAGUUGACUUUU